AGAAGUGCGACGCGAGCCGUGCUUCCUGCAGGGCGCAUUUAUCGGCGUUUUCUGGAUUCGAGCUAGCACAGGCGUCGUUACUCGAGAGUGCUCAUGGCUGGUCCAGUGGAAGAUGUCGCGGCAGCCGAGAAGGACGCGUUGCUGCCGCUGUGGACUGUGCUGGGCAUCGUGACUGGGGCACUGCUGAUCUCACUGCUUGUCAAGUUAUACACGGUGCUGACCGUCGGCAAAUGCUCCUCCAACGUCGACAUGGCAGGAAAGACAGUCAUCAUAACUGGAGCCAACACAGGCAUCGGCAAGGAGACCGCGCGCGAGCUUGCGCGGCGAAACGCGCGAGUCAUUCUGGCUUGCCGUAACCCUGUCAAAGCCAAGGAGGCCGCGGAUGACAUCCACGCCUCGACGGGCCGUAGCGUGGUGCUCAUGCAGCUCGACCUCUGCUCUCUGAACUCGGUGCGGCAGUUCGCCCGCCACGUGCUCGCCACGGAGCCACGUCUGGACGUCCUCAUCCUCAACGCCGGCAUGAUGUCGCCUCCGAAUAGAGAGGAGACCGAGGAUGGCUUCGAGGCCACUUUCCAAGCAAAUCACCUCGGGCAUUUCCUGCUCACACAUCUUUUACUGGACUUGCUGAAGAAGAGCAAGCCGAGUCGUGUGGUGGUCGUCGGCUCGUGCGGCCAGGUGGCCGGUCGGCUGAACACGGAAGACCUGAGCUUUGGCCGCUACUGGUUCCCGCUGCUCAACUAUUGCACCACCAAGCAGUGCAACAUGCUCUUCACCGUCGAGCUCAGCAGGAAGCUCAAGGGAUCCGCGGACUGGGCAAAGGAACCAUUCGAACCCAACUGGAACAAAGUGUCGGCGGCGACGUCGAGCCCUCGACAUGAGAUGCAAGCUCAACGGGAAAGAUGUGCACCGGAAGAAGCUAUCUCGAACCUGCCUAGCCCUAACGCCGAUUCGCAGGGAGGCUUCGCCAUCGACAGUCAUCCCGCAGACACAAAACUUCGCAAGAGACAAUCGAGUGUAACAGUAAACUGCUGUCACCCUGGCUUCGUGCGCUCGGAAAUCGCUGUUCGCAGCAGCGAUAUUCAGACGUGGCUAUUCAACUUGCUGCUAAACUUCUACGGCAAGAGCGUCAAAGAAGGCGCAGAGACCACAGUGUACCUUGCCGUUUCCGAGGAAGUUGAGAACGUGAGCGGGAAGUAUUUCAAAGACUGCGCCCCCACCUUUGCUGUGCCGUGGGCUACGAACGCGGUCGCGGCAAAGAAGCUGUACGAAGAGUCCAUCAGAAUGACGCAGAUCAAGGAAGUCAUCUGAAAGACUGUGUGUGGAGGACGUCUCAAUGCUUGAAGAAAGCGGGACUUUCUUAUCUGCUGCGUUUAUUCAGUCAUCCUGAACUUCCUCCUGUGGGGAGAAGGGACUGCGCUGACCAGCUUUGACCCGCAGGAACAGUUGGUCCUGUGGGCACGUGGAGCGGCGGCGGCAGCCAACGAGGCCCUGAGCUUUAAGGGCUUCGAGGAAGAUGCCUCAUGCGAGCAUAAAUAAAUGUUUCUCUCUGUCA